AUGCACCGUUUUAUUCACAAGUUCAGUCAAUUCACCAAGUAUGACUGGGAUCAGCGGAGAUUCUCCGACUAUUCAGCAUUGACUGGAGAGCUUAGAACUGAGGCCGCGGAGGCACCCGUUGGCGGUAGUCAUCCGUACCAUACCAGCACCUUGGCCCUACCUCAAUGCCGCGCCGCGCCGCCACCCAAGUGGCUGGGCUGGCGGUCGGGCGGUCGGGCGGGCGCGGAACCCGUCAUUAGGCGCGCGCGGGGGCGGGGCCGCCUGCCCGCUAAACCCAUAUCGGGAAGGCAGCGCUUGUUUCGGGCCGAUUCCACGUCAUUAUUUAUUGUCGACGCGUCCGCGCUGCUGCUCGGCUGCCGCGUGCGCACCAUCGCCGGCACCACGGGCCUGCUGGGCAACCUGUCGGCCGCGCUCGUCGACCGCAUCACGGCGCUGCGCCUCGUGUGCAGCGACGUGCUCUUCUUCGAGAGCUCGCUCGACGCGCCGGCCGGCGGGGGCGGAGGCGGAGGCUUCCUGGCGCCGCUGCGCCGCCUGCGCGACCUGCGCGUCGAGCACUGCAAGAUCCGCCACGUGCCCGCGGGCGUGCUGGCGGCGUCGCGCGCGCUGCGCCACCUCACGCUGCGCACGCACAACACCGACUGGUCCGCGAUGACCAUGGAGUUCCACCCGGACAGCUUCCGCGGCCUGGCCGAGCUGCGCAGCCUCAGCCUGGCCGACAACAACAUCUGGACGCUGCCCAACGGCCUGUUCUGCCCGCUGGCGUCGCUCGCCGCGCUCAACCUCACGCGCAACCGCCUGCAGGACGUGUCCGAGAUGGGCUUCUCCGACUGGGGCAACGGCCCCACGGCGCCGGGCAAGUCGUGCAACGCCGGGCUCGAGGUGCUCGACCUGUCCGACAACGACAUCAUGACCGUCUCGGACAACGCGCUCUCCAGCCUGCGCGCCCUGCAGAAGCUCUUCCUGCAGGACAACGCCCUCACGCAGCUGGCCGACCGCGCCUUCGUCGGACUGCAAGGUUUGCAAGUGCUAAACGCGUCCAGUAACCAACUCGUGGCGUUGCCGCCCGAACUGUUCCAAAGCACGCGAGAUAUCAAAGAAGUGUACCUGCAGAACAAUUCCAUCAGUGUGCUAGCGCCGGGUUUGCUCGAGGGCCUGGACCAAUUACAAGUGCUCGACCUGUCCGAUAACGAACUGACGAGCAGUUGGGUGAACAGAGACACGUUCUCGGGCAUGAUACGCCUAGUGGUGCUAAACCUCGCGCACAACGACAUCGCCAAAAUCGACGCGCACGUGUUCCACGACCUGUACAGCCUGCAGAUCCUCAAUCUCGAUCACAACAGCAUCGACGUGAUCGCGGAAGGUGCGUUUUCCACCCUGAGCAAUCUACACGCUCUUACGCUCUCCCACAACCAGCUCACGCUCAUCCAACCUUACCACUUCACGGGGCUGUACGUGCUGAAUCAGCUGUUCCUCUCUAACAAUCGAAUCAAAGACCUGCACCCGCACACCUUCGAGAACUGCACCAACCUGCAGGACCUGGGGCUGAGCGCGAACGAGUUGACGGAGGUUCCGAAGGCGGUCGGGAGGCUGCGCUUUCUCAAGUCGUUGGACCUGGGCGAAAACCGCAUCACCAAACUGUCGCCGGCCGCGUUCGAGGGGCUGGACCAGCUGUACGGGCUGCGCCUGAUCGACAACGCCAUCAUGAACGUGUCGCGCGACGACUUCUCGCCCCUGCAGUCCCUGCAGAUCCUCAACCUGGCGCGCAACCGCCUGCGGCACGUGGAGGCUGGCGCGUUCUCCGCCACCCCGACGCUGCACGCGCUGCGCCUCGACGGCAACAGGUUGGCCGACCUGGGCGGGCUGCUCGCCGACCUGCCGGCGCUCAUCUGGCUCAACGUGUCCGACAACGGCGUGCAGCGCUUCGACUACGCCAUGCUGCCGCGCUCGCUCGAGUGGCUGGACAUGCACAAGAACCUGGUGAGCGAGCUGGCGGACAAGUACGGCGCGCGGGCCUCGCUGCAGAUCAAGAUGCUGGACGCCAGCUUCAACAAGCUGAGCGAGGUGGACGACAACGCGCUGCCCGACAGCGUGGAGAUGCUGUUCCUCAACGACAACCUCAUCCACACGGUCAAGCCCAACACGUUCUUCAAAAAGACCAACCUGACGCGAGUGGUGCUGUACGCGAACCGCAUCGAGAAGCUCGAUCUGUCCGCGCUCACGCUGCAACCGGUGCCCGACGACAAGGAGCUGCCGCAGUUCUACGUGGGCGGCAACCCGUUCUACUGCGACUGCCACCUGGAGUGGCUGCCGCGCGUCAACCAGAUGAGCUACCACGGCGUGCGCCAGUACCCGCGCGUGCUCGACCUGGACUCGGUGCAGUGCCGGCUGGCGCACGCGCGCGCCGGCGCCACGCGGCCGCUGCUCGACCUGCGGCCCGCCCACUUCCUCUGCCCCUACGACUCGCACUGCUUCGCCCUGUGCCACUGCUGCGACUUCGACGCGUGCGACUGCGAGAUGACGUGCCCCGACAACUGCGCACUCUUCCCGACCCACACCCCUGGGCCCCACUCGGACUCCUCUCAAGCGGGCCGACACGUCCGUGCCCGCCAAAUCCCCAUGGACGCCACCGAGAUCUACCGGACGGAACCACUGAGCGGAGCUGGCAGUCACGUUUUAUCGGGAAGAAGAAUUGGAAGUGUGUAUCUGAACGGGAGUAAGUAUAGCGCCAUCCACAACCGUACGUUCAACGCGUGA